UGUCGUGAAGCCUGGGACUGGCACGAUCGCAUCCAACGCCCCGACAGCGCGACUGCGAAACAACCGUCACGAUGCCCGUCGUCAAGGGAGGAGUCUGGACCAACAUCGAGGAUGAAAUCCUCAAGGCCUCCGUCUCCAAGUAUGGCCUCAACCAAUGGGCGCGCGUUUCGUCGCUGCUGGCUCGCAAGACCCCCAAGCAGUGCAAGGCGCGAUGGAACGAAUGGCUCGACCCCAGCAUCAAGAAGAUCGAAUGGAGCAAGGACGAGGAUGAGAAGCUUCUGCACCUUGCCAAGAUUAUGCCCACGCAGUGGCGCACCAUCGCUCCUAUUGUCGGCCGAACCGCGAACCAGUGCCUCGAGCGAUACCAGAAGCUCCUCGACGAGGCUGAGGCGCGAGAAUCCUCUGGUCUUGGCCUCACCGGCCCUGAGGGCGGAGAGACCCAGGCGCCGAGCGCCGACGAUGUGAGGAGGUUACGCCCCGGCGAACUCGAUCCGGAUCCCGAGACCAAGCCCGCGCGACCUGACACGAUCGAUCUCGAUGAGGACGAAAAGGAGAUGUUGAGCGAGGCUCGUGCCCGUUUGGCGAAUACACAGGGAAAAAAGGCGAAGCGAAAGGCUCGAGAGCGCCAGCAGGAGGAGUCGCGCCGUCUGGCUGCUCUGCAGAAGCGGAGAGAGCUCAAGACUGCUGGCAUCAACGUCAAGAUCAGGUCAAGGAAGGAUGGCGAGAUGGACUACAAUGCAGACAUUCCCUUCGAGAGGAAGGCAUUGACUGGCUUCUACGACACCUCCGAAGAGUUGGUGCUGAACGAGCGUCAGCGCGCGGCCUUCGAUCCCCGCAAGCAGCAGCUCACUGCCAACAAGCGCAAGGGCGAUGAGGACGAGGAGAACAACCGAAAGCGAAGAAAGAACGAAAAGGACGGCGCGUCGGAAUCACACAAGGCAGCGCUGAAGGCUGGUCAAUUGCAGAAGAUCCGAGAGGCUGAACAGAGCAGCAAACGACGCGGCUUAGUUCUGCCGGCGCCACAGGUCAGCGAGGGAGAGCUGGAGGACAUUGUCAAGAUGGGUAAGAUGGGCGAGGCCGCCAACAUUCGAGCUCGAGAAAGCGAGAACGAUGCCACCCGGGGACUCGUCAGUACCUACUCGACCCUCAACUCGAGUGCUCCUAUCCGAACACCGAAAGCCCCCGAACAAGACGACCACAUCGCCAACGAGAUUCGAAACAUUCGAGCCCUCAACGAUACUCAGUCGGCCUUGCUGGGAGGUGAAAAUACUCCUCUUCACCAGGGAAGUGCCUCGACAGGCUUCGAUGGCAUUGCUCCCCGGAAGCAGACCAUGGCAACACCCAACCCCAUGGCCACCCCCUUUCGAGGAGCCAACGGCGUUGGUGCAACGCCCCGUCAGCCCGGACAGACCCCGAUGCGAACUCCCCGAGAUACCUUUGCACUGAACCAGGAUGACGGUAUGUCAAUGGUUUCGGCUACCCCCCGAGAUUUGAGAAUGCGAGAUCUUGCGGUGCGGAAUCAGCUGCGGUCUGGUCUUUCGUCGCUCCCCAAGCCCAAAGAUACGGAAUGGGAGUUUGAUAUUCCCGAUGAGCAAAAGGAGGCGAUGCAACUCGAGGAUGUGGUUGAGGAGGAUGCCGAGGAGCGUGAUCACCGGGAUCGCGAGAUACGAGAGGCUCAAGAGGCCCUAGAAUUCCGACGGCGAACUCAAGUGAUGCAGCGCAAUCUGCCGCGACCAGUUGUUGUGGACCUGGCCGAUUUAUUAAAAAAGGCGAGCAAGUUGACCUCCGCCGCCGAAGCCCUUAUUGCCAAAGAGUCGGCGGCACUCAUGGCCAACGACGCCAUGAAGUACCCUCUCCCCGGUGCGCAAGUCAAGGGUGCGCCCAAGGUUCUACCCCAGCUCGACGACGAUGCCCUUGCGGAAGCUCGCCUUUUGAUCCUGUCGGAAACGAAGCCUCUGCCCAGGCUAGAGGAUAUCCAAUCUGCCUUUGAGGCUCGUGCGAGCAGCUCAUUGCUCCUCGGCCUCGGCUGCUAUAAUGACGACGAGGAAGAGGAGGGUGUGGCCAUGAAGGCUGCUUUCGAUUCUGUUCAGGAUUCCAUCAUGGCCUCUGCCGAACAAGGAGCCAAGCUAGAGAAGAAGUUGUCUCUGCACCUCGGCGGCUACCAGAAGCGACAGAAGAUGCUCAAGGACAAGAUCGGCGGCGCCUCUGAGGCCCUCGAGAAGGCUCGUGUGGCGCUGAGCGGAUUCAAGACGCUGGCCAUUUCGGAAGACGUUGCCAUUGGACGACGCCUGGCCGCUUUGCGAGAGGAGGUAGGCUUCGUCAACCGACGCGAGAGAGAGGCGCAGGAGGAAUACAGGAAGGCCAAGGAGGAGCUGGACGCUCUGAUGGCAGGAGGCGUGAAUGGGUUUCAUUAGAGGGACAAAAUGGAUGUACGAUUAAUUUGGGGCCAACAAAGCGUGUGUGUGUGUGGGGGGGGGGGUUACUUGAUAUCAAUUGAUCCUAACUAUCCAGACUACCGAGGCUAACUUAUGCUGUUCUGUUUUCUGUUCCCCAAGCAUUACUCAUCUAUUCAUACUCUUCAUUAUAGCAGUUUGCGGUAUCUGGGAAGGAAAUGGCUGAUCUAUCUCUUGCGAACACCGAGACGAG